AUGUCGAUGCCUGGAAGAAAUAAGCGUAAAGAAAGAUCCUUGCCAGAACCGGAACCGGAACCGUCAGGGAUUCCUUCUUCUUCAGCUGAUGAUCAUCAUAGUUUGUCUUCUUCCCCUUCGACGAGACCUUGCUUUCCUCCAGGUGUCAACUAUAGACCAAAGGACUUGGAGGUCAUCUCGUUACUUGGACGGAAACAAGACUACUUGGGCGGAAACAGAGAAUUAUUGGACACCCUUUCUAUACAUGUCGUGAACAUCUACGAGUCCAAUCCUGAAGAACUUUCAGAAAACUUCAAGAAGGCUAAUGAUACAGAAUUGUUCUUUAUAUCGAAGAGGAACAAGAUUGGUAAAGAUGGCAAAAGGCAGAAACGUGACGCCAAAGGCGGAUACUGGAAGGCAACUGUUGCUUCCAAGAAGAUUGACGCUGGGCAAGGCCUCGUUGGUUGCAAAACCGCACUAUCAUACUACGUGGGGAAACGAUCUAAUGGUAUAAAAACUAGUUGGUUGAUGCAUGAAUACUGGAUUGAUCAGUGUCCUUCUGCUGAUGAUGACGUAAAGGACUAUUCUAUGUGCAAGAUCUAUCGGAGCCCACAAGCAAUAAAUAAGGAGAAGAAAGCAGAGGAAGAAGAGAAUAAGAGGCAGAAGAAGGCUGUGCAGCAGCAGCCUCCUACUGUCGAGUAUCAUCAACCGCAUGCCCCUUUGGAUUCUUAUCAACCGCAGCCUCAUCAUGAUAUUGCGUAUCAACAACACGUUCUGUCUCAGCCAGCCCCGCUGGAUUCUUAUCAACCGCAGCCUCAUCAUGAUUUGGCGUAUCAACAGCAGCAGCAGCAGUUUUGGCCAGGCCCGCUAGAUUCUUACUGGACGCAUCAAAGGCAGUUUAUGGCAGCCCGGCCAGAUUCACACCAACUGCAGCCUCAUUAUGAUUCUGCGUAUCAGCAAUUUAUAAGAAUGCUGGAGGGAGAUAAUGGCGGCUUUCAACAACAGCAGCCGAGUCUUGCUCCUCCUCCGCAAGGUCAAGAUUCAAGAACCGGGAUGGUGAUGACCCAAGAAGACGGGUUCUUUAACCCCAUCAAUGAAUUAUUAAACUAUGAGGAAGAACAUGGUGUCGUAACUGAGAAGCAACAGCAAGAGCAAAGCGCACCGAUUCUCCCUCCUCCUCCUCCUCCUUCUCAAGGUCACCAACUGCAGCCUUAUUAUGAUUUUGCUUAUCAACAACAACAACAGUUCUUUGACGUUGAUGCAUUAUUCAGUAAUGAAGAAGAAGAAGAAGAUGGUGUCGAUACUCAGCAGCAACAGCAAGAGCAAAGUACACCGAUUCCUCCUCCUCAAGGUCAAGACGAUUCAACAUCCGGGAAUGUGAUGACGAACGAGGACUAUGACUUUCCAGUGAUCGCAGACGAUUUUGAAGGUUUCUGGAGUGACUCGAUUAAGUCAUCAUAUACACUGCUGGAUGGAGAUGAAGAAUCCAACGAUAUUGGUUUGUUUUUUAAUGCUUCGUCAUAG